AUGCAAGCGUUCGAUGCCUCAGUGAGAAGGACGAUAACUGGGAUCCCAGUCAGUUUUUGCAAAACACAGGAGGAGCCAGAGCUCACGAAAGUCGAGUCUUUCGCGGACCUUACGCUCGACGACUACACCACCCCAGGGAGGCUCAUCGACUGCGGCUUCAUCCCGCGUUCCUACCAGGGCUUCUGGCCCAACGUGGUGCAGUUCUGCUUCUUCAGUGUCUUAACGAACACCGGGACAACGGUGCAGCUGACGCUCCAGGGUCUCAGCGGGACAUUCAUCGCAACGAUCAACGUGUUCCUCCUCUACGAGCUGUAUCCUCACGGAGGGGCCAUGACGGAGUGUGCGGGGGAUCGGCUCGACAGUGGGCUGUGCGCCAAGGGCGAGAUGAUGUACCAGGAUCCAAACUUCAUACCGGCCGUGGCAUGGGUGGACGCCAUCGGCUUCGCUUUGCUGUGGCUGAUCAGUACUGCGCCCAAGAACAUGGUGAUGUUCUGCCUCUCCUACCACUGGCUGUUCAUGUGCACUUUCAUGGAUCCAUCUGCGGGAACCGUCACUGGAAAGAUUCCAAUGGGCUUCAUG